GUCCUAGUUGACGACGAGGGAGUUCUCCGAAAUGCCGACAGUAAGGCGCCCGAGGGCUGGCUACGUGCCUUCGCGACGGGUGGGCUCCUCACCGCAAGGGCGGGCGACGCCCUGGAAGAGGAAGGGGAUCCUUCCGACAGUGAUGAGCUUGUCAUCUCGGUUGCUGAUGCCUUUGAAGCGGCCAAUGCGCAGCAAAGGUAUGGCUUCGUCAUGCGAGCGAUGCUCCUGCCGCCGGACCCUGCCACCUGGGCCGUGGCGGCAGCUGGAGCAAAGGCGGCGACCGCAGUGCGAACCGCCAGCGAGAUCGAUUCCUAA